CGACAAUCGAUUUCAAUUUAAGCUUUUGAAUGUCUUAACUUUCCACUUUUGAACAAAGAAGCAGUGUAAUGUAAGCAAAAAUGUCUACUCUAGAUUGUGUUAGGGAAGCGCGGCAAUUGGAUUGAACUUCCCAGAUCAGCUGUCGAGUUCAAGGAGAAGUUAGGUGAAGGGGCAUUUGGAGAAGUUUUCAAGGGCGUGGUCACGAUCAGCGGGAAAUUAAGGAACUGUGCUAUAAAGAAACUUAAAGGUAAUCUUUGGUAAACUUUUUGUUGUUGUUGUUGUUGUGUUUUUUUUUUACAAUUGGCGAAACAGCCUAUUGUCACAUAACCCAAUUAUACUGCAUGGUAGAACAUAGUUUCCUUCAUGUCUUACUAAUAACUUAUAGAUCUGAUCUAACAGUACUUUGGAUAUUUGUAUCAUUGCUUAGCAAAUAUAAUGCGAUAUUAUUUUCAUUGGCAUUUAAAAGUUUACGUAAUAACUGACUCGUAACAACAGCAAAGGAUUUUUAAUAUUUUAGAGAAUGCUACAGAGAAAGAAAAACGUGACCUGAGGAAUGAGCUGGAGAUCAUGGCUACAGUUGGUGAACAUCCCAAUGUUAUAAAUCUCAUAGCAGCUUGUACAGAGACAGGUAUUUUUCAAUUUAAUUUUAAACCUGGACAUCGUUGUAAAUUCAUCAAGUUUUAUGAGCAUAUAGCCACGCUUAAUUUCGUCAUGGCCAAACAUGCACUUAAAACUUGCUUAUGGUGAUCUGUUCCUUCUAAGCUACAUGCAAACAGACGUAACGAUUGUCGCCCAACAAUAUAGAGAGUUGUUGCGUCCAUUUCAGUGCACGUGGCUAAAAGUUUGACCGGUUUUGAACUGCACAACAACUCUAAACAACACGCAAGAACAUGCAGCAACAUGCAACAGCGUGUGCAAACAGACGUAACAUGUAACGUGGCAACAAUGAUGGGAUUUUCUGGCCAAAAAUGUUGCGUCCGUUUGCACGGGGCUUGACAAUACUGUUAGUGAAAGAAAAUCUGUGAGAAUAGGGCUAUAUCGACACGAAGUAUGAUGUGACUAAAAUAAUAUCUUUAGGUGUACUAUCUUAUUUCUGUAUGCGUAGUUUAUCUGCACAUCAUUAAUGAGUCUUCUUUAGGCUUCCCUGUGACACGAUAAGUAGUAAUGUGGGCCCACCUACCCCACCCGGAAGUCGAACACUAUGCUCUCAGGGAAAAGUUUUUAGGUUUUAACGUUGGAUUAGGGGAGGGGUAGGUGGGGAGUUUAACGGAAUCAUAUACUGAUCCAAGUUGGAUUGUGAUGGUAUACCGUGUUUAAAAAUUAAGCAAUGUACUCUUUUUCAAACAGAACCCACGUUAGUUGUCGUACGCCUGGCAGAAAAUGGCUGCCUGUUAAAUUAUCUACAUAGGAGCACAGAAAAUCCUUACGUGAACGUAAACCAACCGAAACUAAGCUUCACAACAAGUGAAAGAACAAGGAUCGCAAGAGAUAUUGCAAAUGGAAUGCUACAUCUGUCAAACAAAAAGGUAAGAAGCUCUACGAACAAGAUAAAUAAUAAGGGCUGCAGUUAGGGUCGAUUUUGUUUUGGUGGCAUUGAUGAUAAGGACUCUUCGACCUUCAGUGCUUUCUAGAUUGGAUUUCAAUAUCGGUCAGGAGUUCAAAAUUUUAUUUAUUUAUUUAUUUAUUCCUACUGAGUUCAGCUGUAGCCAUUGCUUGAAAUCAUGCUCUGCUAUGAUUGGCUGAGAGUCUUUGGCGCGAAAGAUUAUCUAUAGACCGUUUUCACAUGAUGUCACGUGGGCCAUGUCCUAAAACAAUAAAACGGUGGUCAUGUAGGUUUUUAACCCCCCCCCCCCUCCCCCGGUGGAAAUUGAACCUUUUUCUUUUGUAUUUUUUUUUAAUUUCAAUAAAUCUGCAUAACUGCUGGGCAAGCGAAUGAAAACGUUUAAUACUGAUCCGGACUUUCGAAGGCGUUCUGAGCUAAGAUCUCUCGUAAGCAUAGUGUCUGAACAAUAUCCCGCCGUCAUGCUGCAAUACUAUAUGCAGUCAACAACUCCCUACAUGCCGAUACCCAAUAAUACGGACAGCAGCAAAAAUAUAUUACAGACAUUUGACUGAAAUAAAGUCCCACUAUUACCGACUCUCGAUGACGAGGACACUGACUCGAGGUCAGUCCCUUAAGUGUCCGCUAUAGGGAUACAUCUUAGAUCAAGAUUAGUCUCGUAAAUUAGGGUCAGUUAUUUAGUACAUGAGAAAUGGAUGCACUGAUUUCAAGCGGCUUCUGGAAUGGUUUAUGCUUUGUCUUUGCAGUGCGUUCAUCGUGACCUUGCAGCUCGAAAUGUCCUUUUCGACGAGAAUUUCGUGGCCAUGAUAUCUGACUUUGGUUUGUCACGUGAUGUAUACGAAAGUGGUGAAUACGAAACGUUGUCGGGGGUACGUAAUUAAAACAUAUUUGCGCAAUAGGUUACAAAGAUGUAUCACUAUUGGUUAUGGCAAUAACUGAGUCACUUCGAUUCCCGCGCCCUGUUUCUGUGAGUAUAGAGCAUGGACACGCGUACGAUGAAAUGUUGUCGCAAUUGUCGGUAAUAUGGCGCGCCAUUUUCCUAGGAAACUCACUGGAAAUGGACGCAUAACAUUUUCAUUGCAGCAAGUGGUUUCUCUGAAAAGAUUUGACUGAUAUUGGGAGUCAUUUCUAUGGUCUAUAUCCGUACAGAAAAAAGCAAAUUGUUGUCUUUCUAAGUACUCUUCUCUCUGUUAAUUUAUCCACAGAAUCUCUAGUCACUGUCAACUCAAUGCCAUCCUAGAGGUGUCUAUUUAAAAAAAAACUGUCUUUUUUCUGCCAAUUUUUCACCCAUUAUCUGGGUGUUAACCGUCAAGACAUUUUGUCAGGUGCUAAAUUGUCGAAAGUGCAUUCAUGCAACACAAUCGAGCACUGUUGGCUUCAAUUAUUGUCUACCCUACCUCUCACGGGGCUCAUCGGACUCCCUAUUUAUAGCUGCUAAUUAUUUGAUCAAACAAGAUCACACAUUUACCUUGUUUCCUUUUUCUUGUUAUUAUUUCAGGGUAUGUUGCCAGUACGUUGGAUGGCUCUUGAAUCCUUAGAAGAUUACACGUACAACACAAAGACAGACGUGUAAGUUCAACAAACUUAAACUUUCAACAUGGAAAAACCCUCACUUUAAAUUAGCGAACGUGACUUCAAUGAAGAAUUUAUUUGAGUGACAAAAAGGCUUUCUAUUUUAGGUGGUCAUUUGGCAUAGUAUUAUGGGAAAUUGAAUCUCGAGGUAAGUUCUUUAAUCACAGGAUUUUCUCGGGACACGAAUAUGCACAACCAUCCUUGAGAGAAAUGGGGAAUCACUCGUCUAAUAUAGUUUCUUUUCGUACCUUAUAAUUUAGGUUUAAUGCCGUAUUCAGGAUUGGGAGGAAUGGAAGUUGUAGACUUUCUCAAGUCAGGACAGAGACUGAAACAACCUGAUGGCUGCCCGGAUAAGAUGUAUUUUUUUUUUAGCAAUUCAUUUCGUUUCAUGACAAAAGAUUUGAGUCACUUUUUGACUCGAAAGAGUCACUAAGCACGUGUUUUUUGCUUCAACAGCUUUGAGAUAAUGACCUCGUGUUGGCAUCCAGAGCCCUCAGCACGCCCUUCAUUUAGCGAAAUAGUGACUUCGCUUGAAGAGGAAUUGACGGUAUCUUGAAUUUUUUUGCGUUAGGUGUGGGGAUGGGUAGUUUCCUUAGCUAGAUUCUCAGUUUUUAUUUGAAGAUUCCAGGGAUGAGGAUCUAGAUAAAAAAGUUCGGAUUGUGACAAAUUUUGGAGUAUGAUAAAUGGCAGCGAACAUAGCGAAGCAAUUUUAAAAGCUUUCCAAAACUAAAGCAGCUUGUUAUAGUAUGUUGUUGAGUUAGAAUUCUUGUUUAAUAAAAAAAAAUAAUGGUGAAACAAAUGAUAGUAACGCCAGGUAGUUUUACAGUUUGUAUAUUACGCUAUAAUUGAAAGUAACACGCUACGGCAAACGGCAAACGUGAAUUUGUACCUCGUGACAAAGGUUUCCCUUUUCUUGUUGUUAGCUGUUCAUUAUAUCUACACAAAUAUUAGGUCCACACCAGUUUUAUCCAUAAGAAUUGUUUUGGACUGUUUUUAUUUAGUACUUAAUUUCAAAUUGAAGAAUUUCUCAACUUGAAUCUGACGUUUUCCGUUGUAACAUUGUAUUUUACCAGGGUCUUCAGGAUCAGCACACUGAAAAUGAGCUUCCAUGAAUCAGACUGUAAUUAGAACGUGACGACCUAAUCCACUGACAAGAAUGGCCGCAGUUCCUUCUAUGUACCACCAAUCUAUAAACGGACGGUUGUUGUGCAAGACAAAAAGUUCCCCCGCUCUCUCUUUUAAGAACCGUGGUAGCGCACGGUGCUGGUCAAUGAAUGAUUCAUACCCGUACCCCAGUGAUCUAGACGAUUGCUAGCUCUCAUCAUAUUAUACGUUUUUGCUUUGAGGGGCUGAAAUAAAGACUUCCAUGUACAAUGAGUCUGCGUCGUGUUUUUUUCUGAACGUACCAAACAGCUCAGUGUUUGAUAUU